UUAUAAAGAGACCACACAGUUGUCACAUCAUCUUUGUACCUAUCGACUAUUCCUGAAGAAUCUUCACACACUUGACCUCUACAUAAUGAAGACCAUCACUAUGAUUAUAUGUCUGGCUGUCGCUGCUACAGCUGAACCUAUCAACAAUUACAACGCGAUUGGUGGUCAUGGAUUGGCACUCCCUUACAACGCCGGUUAUGGAGUUGGUGGUAUUAACAACGGGUUAUACGGGGGCACGUUUGGCGGCGGCAAAUAUACAGGAGGUUACAGAGGACAUUUGCCAAUGUUUGGACUUUUAGGUGUGUACACCGGAGGUCACAAGGGACUUCACACCGGUUACAAUGGAGGUCUGUUAGCUGGCAAAGUCGGCGGAUAUUACAGUGGCAAAACCAGCACAUUGCAUGGAGGCAAUCUUGGCGGUCUCCAUCCAGGAAAUGUGGGUGGUUUCAACGCUGGACAGUUGAAUGGAGGUCUCUACGCAGGAAAUGUAGGUGGUUUAAAUGCAGGAAAGAUAAAUGGAGGUCUCUACGCAGGAAAUGUGGGUGGUUUAAAUGCAGGAAAGAUAAAUGGAGGUCUCUACGCAGGAAAUGUGGGUGGUUUAAACGCUGGACAGUUGAAUGGAGGUCUCUACGCAGGAAAUGUAGGUGGUUUAAACGCAGGCAAUAUUGGAGGAGGUCUCUACCCUGGAAAUGUUGCCGGUUAUAACACAGGAAGCAUAAAUGGAGGUCUCUAUGCAGGACAUGCAGGCGGUAUCAAAGCAGGCAGUAUCGGAGGAGGCAUCUACGCAGGCACUAUGGGCGGUCUACAAGGUGGCAGCUUGGGGGGAUUUCAUGGAGGAGUUGGAAUCGGAAACGGUGUCGGUUUCUACUAGGACAAUUACGAAAAAGCAGCCUUCGUUACAUCCACGCUAUUUAUUUAUAUAUUUAUACAAAGAACUGUGUUAUGGUGCGAAAUAAAUAUUUUUUUAUUUUCUA